CUAAAUUACCCGCACCUAUUUGCUGCGCCCCCUGCCUGAGCCUGAACUACCCUGUUUAUGUCCCUGACCUAACAUCCCAUUCUCCCACAGCCAUGAUCCCAAAUCCGGCACUUUGAAAACCCUCAUCCCACUUUUCUCACAAGAUUGUGAGGUUUCACCCGUGGAUUGGAUGGGGACGACAAAGAGGAACAUCAUUUCCUGAGUGGGAUUUAACAUCAACUGGGUGAAACCAGCAAAAUAAGAUUACACAAGCAAAAUCAAGGGACAUUCAGUUGAAGAACCACCAGAACUACACCAUGGCUCAGGCAACUAAAGGUCCAGUGAAGUCCAUCCCUCCCACUGCUGUAGAUGCUCCGGCUAGGACUGUGCAUCCAGUCUCUCUUAUGGCUGGGACCCAUGGAAUUUUACGAAUCAUGAAUCGCCCGGCACAAUGGGUGGUCAUCAUCACACUUCUGAUCUCUUGGUCAAUAGCAGGUGUUGUCAUGUUUGACUUUGUCAGUGACGAUCAGAUUGCAAGCAUCCAGGAUUUUGGUUCUGACCCAGUGCUAGCAGUGAACAAGGCCAUUGAAGGGAUUGAAAACAAGAUAAACCACAUGAACAAUAUGUUUAAUGAUGCUCAUGAGUACAUAACUGAAAUAAUAUUUAAUCCGAGGGACGCUAUUAAUUUAGCAGCAGAUUCAUCUGUGUCUUAUCUGACAGGAAUAUUUAGUGCCGAUGGAGAUACAGGAAUCACUGAAACAGUGAAAUAUGGUGGCACUGUACUGGAUGAGGUUACAGAAUGGAUCAGAUCCCCAGUGGGCUACUUAUUCCACUUAUUUGAAGACACCCUGGAUAUAGCGAUUACUCCAGUGGAUAUGGUCAGUGAAGCUGUUGUGCAAAUUUUAAGUGGGAUCAAGACCAUUAUCCAGUAUUUUUCAACCAUGUUCGGGGGCAUUGAAGGGUAUACAGGCAUCACUGAAACAGUGAAACUUGGUGGCACUGUAUUGGAUGAGGUUACAGAAUGGAUAAGAUUCCCAGUGGGUUACUUAUUCCACUUAUUUGAAGACAUCCUGGAUGUAGCGAUCAUUUAUCCAGCAGACAUGGUGAGUGAAGCAGGUCUGCAAAUUUUAAAUCGGAUCAAGACCAUUUCUUCAACCAUAUUCGGGUACCUUGAAGCUUGGUUUCCCAAAAUGAGCACUGAUCCCACGGAACUGGCUGAAAUUGUUGUAGAGGAGGCCACAGACGUAAAGACCACUGUCUCUAAUUACCUUUCCAGUCUAUUUGCAGGGGAUGAAGGUGGUAUUUCUGACAUUAGCUUUGAUCCCAUGAAAGUUGUCACAGACACUGUUGAGGAGUUUGCUGACAGGAGGGAUAUGUUCUUGGCCUACCUCUCAAACAUGCUCAUGGAAGACAAAGAUGAGACACCACAAGUAAUAAGACGAAAAGGAGAAUUUCUGCCACCUAUGGAAAAAGUUGCAGAAAUACUAGGCAAAAAACAGGACCCUGCCUAUGCUGCCUACAUUGCUGUGAGAUCCACAGUGAAGGAGACCGACAGCACUAAAUGGGAAAUAAAAGAGGUUGAGGAGGAACAUGGUGAGGUGGAAGCUGCUGAAGAUAAAACUAAAAAAGCUCAAGCCAUCUUGGACGUUACAGAGGAGGAUGAAACAGCUGUGGACAACACUGAUAUCACAGUUGAAGACAUGGAAAUGUCCUCCGAUGUCAUGGAGGAGGGAAAAACUACUGGAACAGUUGAAGAUAUUGCAGGUGUUACAGACGAGAAACCGUAUAUGCCAGAAGUUAUAGAUGAGAAAACAGCAGUUGAAGAUAUCUCUGAUUUUGCAGUGGAUGAAUCAACUGAAAUUACCUCUGAUGCUUUAGAUUUGAAGGACAGUGAUGAUAUCUCAGAUGUAGUUGCAGAGGAGGAAGAAGUUACUGUAAAGGUUGACGAUAUUGAAGAUGUUAGAGAGGUGGAAACUUUUGAUAUGCCAGAUGUCAUAGAUGAGGAAAUGGCAACUCAAAAGUUUGAGGAUAUCUCUGAUUUUGCAGAGGAUGAAUUACUUGAAAUAACCUCUAAUGCUACAGAUGAGAAGGACAGUGACGAUACCUCAGAUGUUGUUACAGAGGAGGAAGAAGUUACUGAAACGAUUGAAGAUAUUGAAGAUGUUACAGAGGUGGUACCUUCUGAUGUGCCAGAUGUCAAAGAUGAGGAAACAGCAACUGAAAAAUUUGAAGAUAUCUCUGAUUUUGAUGUAGAUGAAUCAACUGAAAUUACCUCUGAUGCUACAGAUGUGAAAGACAUCAACGAUAGCUCAGAUGUUGUUACAGAGGAGGAAGAAGUUACUGAAACGAUUGAAGAUAUUGAAGAUGUUACAGAGGUGGAACCUUCUGAUGCGCCAGAUGUCAAAGAUGAGGAAACAGCAACUGAAAAAAUUGAAGAUAUCUCUGAUUUUGAUGUAGAUGAAUCAGCUGAAAUUACCUCUGAUGCUACAGAUGUGAAAGACAUCAACGGUAGCUCAGAUGUUGUUACAGAGGAGGAAAAAGUCAUUGAAACUUUUGAAGAUAUUGUAGAUGUUGCAGAGGUGGAGCCUUCUGAUAUGCCAGAUGUCUUAGAUGGGGAAACAGCAACUCAAAAGUUUGAAGAUAUCUCUGAUUUUACAGAGGAUGAAUCAACUGAAAUAACCUCUGAUGCUACAGACAUUGAUGUUUCCUCAGAUGAUGCAGUUACAGAGGAGAAAGAAACAACUGAAGAACCAGCAAUCAAAACAGCAGAAGAUAGUUUCGAUGUUACAACCAAAAUUGAAUCAGAUAAUACAGAUGAAAAGGAAGUUGAAGAUGUCCCCAGUGUUACAGAGGAGGGUGAAGAGUCUGAAACAGUUAAAGAUACUUCAGAUGUCAUAGAUGAGGAAGAAGAACCUGAAACAGAUGAAGAAAUCAUCAUCACAGAUGAAACAGCUGAAAUUGCACAAGAAGCACAAGAAGAUGAUCAGCCACCUGAAUUGGCUGAAGCUACUCCAGAUACCAUCUGUGUGAAAGAAAAGGAGGAAGCAGCAGAACUUGUUGAUGGUUUAGAAGUGGAAGCCAAGGAGGAGAAGGAAGAUGUUGCAAUUGCUGAUCAUGAAAAGAGCACAAAGGACCUGGAGAAUGAGGUAGAUGAAGAUGAGGUUGAGGUUUUAAAAGAGGAGAUUGAAGAGUCUGAUCAAACUAUCCUGGUAACCACUGCUGGUGAAGAUGACCCUAAUGAAGAAGAGGAGCAGAAGCUUGUCCUUCUUACUGUCCAACAUGACCUCUCAGACAGAGAUGAUGAAAAUAACAAUAACAACGACAGGAAGAGAGAUGCCAUAAAAAGAGGCCUGAGCAGGAGGAAAAAAUCCGAUAGUCAUUCCAUUGAAACAGACGACCAAGAAGCGCACAAGGAUCUUCAUGAAGAGUCUGACAAAGUUCUUGAACAAGUGAAAGAAGCCAAAGAGAAAAAAGCUAGAGAGGAGAUAUACAAAAUCAUUCAAGAUAUGAGGGAAAAGAAGGGCGAAGGUGAAGAGGAAGAGAUAACACUACAACAAAUAAACAUAACAGUAGAAAAAGUCCGAAAAAAAGCAAAAGAACAUGACAAAAAGGAGAUAGAAAAGGUUAAAAGAAAAGAAAAAGUGGUCAAGACUCAAGAACCAACAGAAAAGGACACCAAGAAAAAACCUGUCAAAAAGGUCAAGGUGACUAAAGUGGAUGAGGAACCCCCUCUAAAAAAGAAGAAAUCUGGACCUGAGAAAAAGGUUAAACCAGCAAAGAAAGAAGCCGAACCUGUGAAACAAAAAGUGAAGGCUGUGAAAAUUUCUAAAGAGGAUGUUACUAAGAAGGUGGCCAAAGCUAAAGAUGUUGAGAUUGCCAAGGACAAAACCAAAGCAGUCCAUGUAAAGACAGAAGCUGAAGCCAAAAAAGAGACCAAACCAGCACCAUCUAAGAAAGUGGUUGUUGUUGCUAAAGAAAAGGAUGAAGCAGCCCCUGUAAAGAAAGAGCCUAAAGUUACAAAAGAAAAAGCCAAAACAGCUCUUUCAAAGAAAGAGGCUAAAGUUGUGAAGGAGAAACCUAAACCACAUCCUGGAAAGAAAGAUGUCAAGGAAAAGGCAAAAGCAGCUCCAAAAGAAAAAGUUGCUAAGACUGUCAAGGAAAAGGCUAAGCCAGUAAAGAAAGAACCUGAGGUUACAAAAGAAAAGGUCCAACCUGCACCUUCAAAGAAAGCUGAAGUUCCUAAGGAAAAAGCUAAACCUGUGAAGAAAGCUGAAGUCAAAGAUAAAUCACCAGCACCUGUUAAAAAAGUAGCUAAAGUUCCUGUUGAAAAAGUAAAACCAGCUCCCUUAAAGAAAGAGCCAGAGAUUUCCAAAGUGAAGGCCAAACCAGAGCCCUCGAAGAAAGAUACUGCAGAAGUUAAAGAAAAAGCAAUACCAGCUCAGGUUAAAAAAGCAGCUGUAGAGAAAGAAAAACCUGUCCCUGUGAAAAAAGAGGAUGAAGCCCCCAAGGAGAAAGAUAAAGAGGCUAAAGCUCCCAAGGACAAAACUAAACCGGCCCUUUUGAAGAAAGAGCCUGAUGUUUCUAAGGAGAAAAAAACAGCAACUGCCAAGAAAGAGCCUGCAGUUGCAGAUGAGAAAGUAAAACUGGUACCUUCAAAGAAAGAUACUGAAGCUACUAAGGAGAAAAUUAAAUCAGCCCCAGUUAAGAAAGAGCCUGAGGUUUCCAAAGAAAAAGCUAUGCCAGAGCCUUCAAAGAAAGAGGUUGAAGCUGUUGAGAAGGUAAAACCAGCACCGGCUAAAAAAGAGGAUAAAGUUACCAAGGAGCCAGCUAAACCUGUGACUAUUGAGAAAGACGAUGAAGUUGUUAAAAUGAAGGAAAAAGCAGCUCCUGCAAAGAAAGAGGCUGAAGAUAUUAAAAAGGCAAAACCAGGUCCUCCAAAAAAAGAGCCUGAAAUGAUUAAAGAGGAGAAACCUCCAAAAAAAGAAGCUGUAAAAGAAAAACCUAAACCUGAUUCUGUAAAGAAAGAACCUGAAGUUCCAAAAGAGAAAGCAAAACCUGAACCUUCCAAAAAAGAGGCAGAAGUUGCCAAGGACAAACGUAAACCUGUUGCUGUGAAGAAAGAACCUGCUGUUGCAGUUGAAAAGGCAAAAGCAAAACCUGCACCAAAGAAAGAGACUGAAAUUACCAAAGAGAAAGCUAAAGCAGAACCUCCACAGAAAGAACCUGAGAUAACCAAAGAAAAACCCAAGCCAACAAAGAAAGAGGCUGAAGUCAUCAAGGAGGAAGCUAAACCAGCCCCUGAGAAGAAAGAGUCUAAAGUCAUCAAGGAAAAAGCUAAACCAGUUCCUGUAAAGAAAGAGGCUGAAGUCAUCAAAGAGGUUAAACCAGCCCCUGAGAAGAAAGAGGCUGAAGUCAAGGACAAACCAGCUCCUGUAAAGAAAGAGCCUGACGUUUUCAAAGAGAAACCAGCACCUCCAAAGAAAGUCGAGGUUCUGAAGGAAAAGGUCAAACCAGUUCCUGAAAAGGAAGCACCUGAAAUAACCAAAGAAAAACCAAAGCCAGCACCAAAGAAAGAGGCUGAAGCCAUCAAGGAGAAAGCUAAACCAGCCCCUGAAAAGAAAGAGGCUGAAGUCAUUAAGGAGAAAACUAAACCAGCCCCUGAGAAGAAAGAGGCUGAAGUUAAAGCAGCUCCUGUUAAGAAAGAGUCUGAAGCUGCUAAAGAAAAGGCACCUGAACCAAAACCAGAACCCACUAAGAAAGUUGAGGUUCUAAAGGAAAAGGAUAAAACAGUCCCUGAAAAGAAAGCAGCACCUGAAAUAACUAAAGAAAAACCCAAGCCUGUACCAAAGAAGGUGGCUGAAGUCAUUAAAGAGAAAGCUAAACCAGCCCCUGAGAAGAAAGAGGCUGAAGUCAAAGAAAAAGUUAAACCAGCCCCUGAGAAAAAAGAGGUUGAAGUCAAGGAGAAAGCAAAACCAGCUCCUGUAAAGAAAGAAACUGAAGUCAUCAAAGAAAAAGCCAAACCAGCCCCUGAGAAGAAAGAGGCUGAAGUCAUCAAGGAGAAAGUUAAACCAGCUCCUGUAAAGAAAGAGGCUGAAGUCAUCAAGGAGAAAGCUAAACCAGCCCCUGAGAAGAAAGAGGCUGAAGUCGUUAAGGAGAAAGCUAAACCAGCCCCUGAGAAGAAAGAGGCUGAAGUCGUCAAGGAGAAAGUUAAACCAACUCCUGUAAAGAAAGAGCCUGAAGUUGUAAUAGAAAAGGCUCCUGAAACAAAACCCAAAAAAGAGCCUGAAGUUACUAAAGAGAAAGCUAAACCAGCUCCUGUAAAGAAAGAGCCUGAAAUUUCUAAAGAAAAGGCACCUGAACCAACAAAGAAAGAACCUGAGAUAAUUAAAGAAAAACCCAAGCCAACACCAAAGAAAGAGGCUGAAGUCAUCAAGGAGAAAGCUAAACCAGCCCCUGAGAAGAAAGAGGCUGAAGUCAUCAAGGAAAAGGCUAAACCAGCCCCUGAGAAGAAAGAGGCUGAAGUCAUCAAGGAGAAGGUUAAACCAGCUCCUAUAAAGAAAGAGCUUGAAGUUGCUAAAGAAAAGGCUCCUGAAACGAAACCCAAAAGAGAGCCUGAAGCUGUCAAAGAGAAAUCUAAACCAGCCCCUAAGUUGAAAGAGGCUGAAGUCAUUAAGGAAAAAGCCAAACCAGCCCCUGAGAAAAAAGAGGAAGUUAAACCAGCUCCUGUAAAGAAAGAGCCUGAAGUUGCUAAAGAAAAGGCACCUGAACCAAAACCAAAAAAAGAGCCUGAAGCUGUCAAGGAGAAAGCUAAACCUGCCACUAAGAAGAAAGAGGCUGAAAUCAUCAAGGAAAAGGUUCAGCCAGCUCCCAUAAAGAAAGAGCCGGAGGUUCCUAAAGAAAAGGCACCUGAACCUGCAAAGAUAGUACCUGAGAAAACUAAAGAAAAACCAAAGCCAGCACCAAAGAAAGAAGCUGAAGUUGUCAAAGAAAAAGUAAAACCAGCCCCUGUGAAAAAAGAGGCUGAAGUCAUUAAAGGGAAAGUUAAGCCAGCCCCUGAGAAGAAAGAGGCUGAAGUCAAGGAGAAAGCUAAACCAGCCCUUGAGAAGAAAGAGGCUGAAGCCAUCAAGGAGAAAGUUAAACCAGCUCCUGUAAAGAAAGAGCCUGAAGUUUCUAAAGAAAAGGCUCCUGAACCAAAACCAAAAAGAGUAGCUGAAGUCAUCAAAGAGAAAGUAAAACCAGCCCCUGAAAAGAAAGAGGCUGAAGUCAAGGAGAAAGCUAAACCAGCCCCUGAGAAGAAAGAGGCUGAAGUCAUCAAGGAGAAAGUUAAACCAGCUCCUGUAAAGAAAGAGCCUGAAGUUUCUAAAGAAAAGGCUCCUGAACCAAAACCCAAAAGAGAAGCUGGAGUCAUCAAAGAGAAAGUAAAACCAGCCCCUGAGAAGAAAGAGGCUGAAGUCAAGGAGAAAGCUAAACCAGCCCCUGAGAAGAAAGAAGCUGAAGUCAUCAAGGAAAAAGUUAAACCAGCUCCUGUAAAGAAAGAGCCUGAAGUUUCUAAAGAAAAGGUUUCCAAACCAAAACUAAAAAUAGAGGCUGAAGUCAAGGAGAAAGCUAAACCAGCCCCUGAGAAGAAAGAGGUCGAAGUCAUCAAGGAGAAAGUUAAACCAGCUCCUAUAAAGAAAGAGCCUGAAGUUUCUAAAGAAAAGGCUCCUGACCCUAAACCCAAAAGAGAAGCUGGAGUCAUCAGAGAGAAAGUAAAACCAGCCCCUGAGAAGAAAGAGGCCGAAAUCAUCAUGGAGAAACCCAAGUCAGCUCUUGAGAAGAAAGAAGCCGAAGUCAUCAAAAAGAAAGUUAAACUAGCUCCUGAAAAAAAAGCACCUGAGAUACCUAAAGAAAAGCCAAAGCCAGCACCAAAGAAAGAGGCUGAAGUCAUCAAAGAUAAAGCUAAACCAGCCCCUGAGAAAAAAGAGGCUGAAAUCAUCAAGCAAGUUAAACCAGCUCCUGUAAAGAAAGAGCCUGAAGUUCAUAAGGAAAAGGCACCUGAACCAGUGCCAGAACCUACAAAGAAAGUCAAGGUUCCCAAGGAAAAGGCAAAACCAGUCCCUGAAGAAAAGGAACCUGAAAUAACAAAAGAAAAGCCUAAGCCAGCACCAAAGAAAGAAGCUGUAGUCAUCAAAGAAAAGGCUAAACCAGCCCCCCUGAAGGAAGAGGCUGUAGUCAUCAAAGAGAAAGUAAAACAAGCCCCCGAGAAGAAAGAGGCUGAAGUCAUCAGGGAGAAAGCUAAACCAGCCCCUGAGAAGAAAGAGGCUGAAGUCAUCAAGGAGAAAGUUUUGCGCGCUCCUGUAAAGAGAGUGCCUGAAGUCGCUAAAGAAAAGCCAGAACCAAAAAAAGAUGAUGUUGGUCUUAUUGGUCUGGACGUGGAGCUCCUGAACUCCAUCAACCAAAAACUGUCUCUUCUGGAUUUACUGAGGAAGGACAUUGGUGAAAUGAGAAGUGAUCUGGAGUCCACUCAAAAUCAAAUUACACUUUUACGAACGGACAACAGAACAAUCAAAGAGCCGGAGACUGUCGGUGUGAAAGUAAAACCAGUGGUCUCCAAGGAAAGAGCCAAAAAAGAUCGUGAUGCUCUGAUGAACGUUACUAAGGUAGCACAUAUUAAAACAGAACGUGCUGCAUUGAAAAACAUCACUAAACCAGCACCUGCAAAGAAAGACAAAGAGGCUCCAAAAGCUAAGAUCAGACCAGAGCCCAAAAAGAAAGAAAUCACCCGUGAAAAAGUCAAAGAAGUAAAGAAACCUUUACUGAAAGAACCUGAGAAGGUCAAAGAAAAAGUAGUCCAGCCAACUGAGAAAGAAGCUGUCAUAGACAAGGAAGUAAAAGGAGAAGAACCUGAUGUCACCAAAGAUAUUCCAGAGAUAGAGGAGGAGGACAUUCCCUACUUCCAGUGUUUCUUUGUGGAUGAGGAUGAUACUCAGUAUCCGUUCUUCCCCUUUUCACCACCGCUGUGGUGAGUCCAGCCAAACCUCGGAGUCUGACGUUAAACAACAUGGCAAAGCCUGUGGAGGACAGACCUCUGAAGAAUGAGGAACCUGCUAAUGUAAUGCAGCGUAGAGGUUCACAGUAGGUCCUACAACAUUACACCAACCACGACCUAGAAAACUGAAAGAGAUUUGAGUUACUUCCUGGAUUUCAAAAAGAGGUUGCAAACAUUGCACUAAGUAUUAUCUUAAGGCUAUUGAUCUUUUAAUUGAUACCAUGGAUUUGAGUAUAGUUUGUCCAGACAGCACUGACAGGAAGUAAUGAAACGACUUUCUUCCUUUCUGAACACUGCAGUGGGGUUCAGGAUACUAAGAUCAUACAAUCUUUUAUAUACAAGGUACAUUACCUCAUUUUGAUGGGGUGCUAAUUCUCAAAGCAUUCCACUGUGUUUUCUGUCAGGAAGGGAGAAAUAGAUCAAGAAAUAUGGAAACAAAUAUUUUAUGUAUAUUUUCUUAGUAAUACCGUUUACUAAACCGUUUACAGACGUAACAACUGCACUGAGAAAUAAGGGCUUUGGACAGUAAGCUCAGUUCCUCUGAAUGUAUAGAUAUUUUUAUUUAUUUUUUAUUAUUUAUUUUAUUAUUUUAUUUUUCCGUACAUUUUAUUUUAUAUAUAAUUUGCCAAACAUGUUUAUAAAUCUAUACUUCAGGCUCUAUAAAACAAAUGUUUUGUUCAGUGCUCUGUAUAAAUGAACACACUGGAUUUUGCAUAAAGAAAUGAAACUAAACAUUAGUGCUAAAUCCAGGAAAAUGUAUUAAACAUCAAAGAAACUGCAUUGUUUUAAUCCACGCAAAUGCGUGCCUUUUUUUACAAUUGCAAACAUCGCAUUUCUCCACAGAACAUUAAUAGUUUAUGUAAGUAAAAAUGUGGGUGUUUUUGCAAUAUUACAUGGAUAGACCUACCUAAUAAAGAAGAGCCAAUUAAAUGGCAUUCUAAUUGUGUUAUAAAAAUAGUCUGUAUUGCACAUUAUACUCAUACAGACAUUUUUUUUUCAGUAUAUGGGAUAAAAUUCUGUGCCAGAUGAAAUGUGUUGCAUGUAAGCACAGUGUUUCUCAGCACUGCCCCUGGUGGAUCCCUGGCACUGCACCUAAUUGUCAUCAGCUCAUUAGCAGAGCUCUCCUUUACUUGAUUUAAUGGUGUUAGUGAGUGUUUAAUAGUGUGUACUAAUGAGACUCCUAAAGUGUGCUGUGCCAGUAGGCCACCCUGGAGCCAUUUCUUUUACUGCCACAAUAUUUUCUGCUGGAGUUCAGCAUGUGGCUCCAUAGAGGAUAAACUCAUGUCUGUACAAAGAUCUUCAUAAGUAUGUGAUGAUUUUUUUUUUUUUCUCUGAUGUACAGAAACCUGUACAAAUGCGUAUUAUAGCAGUACUCAGUUGUAACAGAAAUAGGUCUUUUUUGGACUUACUUUAACAAUAGUGGAUUAUGGGCUUGUUGGCGUGUUUUCAUGCAAACUCUGCAGCAAUUAAUAACUUGCAGUUUUCCAUAGUUCAAAUAUAGUUCUUUGCAUAGUGUUACUUUUAAAUCUAAUUAAAAUGUUUCUUAAAGAUAAUAGUUUUGCAUGAUGUUUGCGUGAAUUUUAUUGUUUAAAAACAUGUAUCUAAACCAGACCAUAUUUAAUUUGUUUUUGUAAUUGGAAUUAUAUAAUUUCUCAUGUAAUAUUGUGGGGGUUCUUUUUGUCUUUUGCAUGGAUUUUGUGGUCAGAUAUUCAAAAUGCAAAGAAAAUUAACUAGCCAAGUUGUGAACUGUAUUAAUAUGUACAUUCUCUGUAAAAGUUAUAGCCAUAAACUGAUUUAUAAAGCUAUCAAAAGAAUCAACAAUAUGGUCACCUUUCAAAAAAAGAGCCCUGCUUGCAACUGUAAAUGCCGAUUGAACUGUAAUACAGUACAAUACAACUUAAAAGAAAUAAAUGCUUGCAAUAAUCAAA